CAGGGCCUGCCCCUCUCUGUCCAGGCAGCUGCACUUAUGGCGCCUCCCGGUGAAGAGACACCCCUGAUCCCCGAGCGCUCUUACAGCCUCUCGUCUUCUGAGGCUGGUGCCCUGCAUGUGCUGCUGCCCUCUCGGGGUCCUGGGCCCCCUCAGCGCCUAACCUUUUCGUUUGGGGACCACUCGGCUGAAGAGCUGUGUGUUCGGGCUGCUAAGGCCAGUGGCAUCCUGCCCGUGUACCACUCCCUCUUUGCUCUGGCCCUGGAGGACCCCUCACCACCGCCCCCCCCCCCUUUGCAGGAUGCCAUGCCCUGAGGGCUUAGGAAAUGGGACUUUUACUUCCCCAACUGGUUUGGGCUAGAGACGUGUCACCGCUUCGGGCUUCGAAAGGACUUGGCCAGCGCCAUCCUUGACCUGCCAGUCCUGGAAUACCUAUUUGCUCAGCACCGCAAUGACCUGGUGAGUGGCCGCCUUCCGGUGGGCCUCAGCCUCAAGGAGCAGGGCGAGUGUCUCAGCCUGGCUGUGCUGGACUUGGCCCGGAUGGCCUGUGAGCAGGCCCAGCAGCCCGAGGAUCUGCUGAAGACCGUCAGCUACAAGACCUGCCUGCCCCCGGGCCUGCGCGACCUGAUCCAGGGCCUGAGCUUCGUUACGCGGAGGCGCAUCCGGAGGAGGGUGCGCCAGGCCCUGCUCCGCGUGGCCACCUGCCAGGCUGACAGACACUCACUCAUGGCCAAGUACAUCAUGGACCUGGAGAGACUGGACCUGGCGAGGGCCACGGAGACCUUCGUCGUGGGCCUCCCUGGGUCGGCUGGUGGUCAAGAGGCGAAGGGGCUGCUCCGCGUGGCUGGUAGUAGCGGCAUCGCCUGGAGUCCAGGAGCACAGGAGGUCUUCCAGCCUUUCUGCGACUUCCCAGAAAUCGUGGACAUCAGCAUCAAGCAGGCCCCGCGCGUUGGCCCAGCUGGGGAGCAUCGCCUGGUCACAAUCACCAGGACAGACAACCAGAUCCUGGAGGCUGAGUUCCCGGGGCUGCCAGCCUCCUUGUCCUUCGUGGCGCUCGUGGACGGCUACUUCCGACUGACCACGGACUCCCAGCACUACUUCUGCAAGGAGGUGGCGCCGCCGCGGCUGCUGGAGGAGGUGGCCCAGCAGUGCCACGGCCCCAUCACCCUGGAUUUUGCCAUCAACAAGCUCAAGACUGGAGGCUCCCUUCCUGGCUCCUACGUUCUCCGCCGCAGCCCCCAGGAUUUCGACAGCUUCCUCCUCACUGUGUGUGUCCAGACCCCGCUGGGCCCCGAUUACAAGGGCUGCCUCAUCCGGCGCGACCCCACAGGAACCUUCUCCCUGGCUGGCCUUGGCCGACCCCAUAGCAGUCUCCGAGAGCUCCUGGCGGCCUGCUGGGACGGUGGUCUGCAUGUAGACGGGGUUGCUCUGAACCUCACCUUCUGCUGCACCCCUAGGCCCAAAGAAAAGUCCAACCUGAUUGUGGUCCGGAGAGGUUGCAGUCCACCCACAUCAUCCCCUGUUCUGCCCCACUCGGGAUGCCAGCUGAGUCAGAUGACAUUUCACAAGAUCGCCGCUGACAGCCUGGAGUGGUGUGAGAACCUGGGUCAUGGAUCCUUCACCAAGAUUUACCGGGGCUGUCGCCACGAGACUGUGGACGGGGAGCCUCGGGAGACGGAGGUGCUGCUCAAAGUGCUGGAUGCUAAGCAUAAGCACUGCAUGGAGUCAUUCCUGGAAGCAGCGAGUUUGAUGAGCCAAGUGUCGUAUCAGCAUCUCGUGUUGCUUCAUGGCGUGUGCAUGGCCGGAGACAGUAAGACACCCUGUGCCCCACCCUUCUCCUCACCCCACCGCCUCACUGAGCCUCUCCAUGGCAGCAUUAGAAAUACACACACAGGGCCCAUGGCUCUCACCCCAGGAGUUGGGUGCACAGCCGAGAACGGGACAGGCUGGCAAGGUGACAUGAUCGUGUGCGAUGGGGACAGCGCAGGGCACCCGCAGUGGCCAGAGACCGCCGACACGGCCUGGAGAUCAGGCAACGGUUCUGGGGCGGAGGACAAAGGCCUUCCGCAUGGCAACGUCUCAGCCCGGAAGGUGCUCCUGGCUCGAGAGGGGGCUGAUGGGAGCCUGCCCUUCAUCAAGCUGAGUGAUCCCGGUGUCAGCCCCACUGUGCUAAGCCUGGAGAUGCUCACUGACAGGAUCCCCUGGGUGGCCCCUGAAUGUCUCCAGGAGGCCCGGACACUUAGCUUGGAAGCUGACAAGUGGGGCUUCGGCGCCACAGUCUGGGAGGUGUUCAGUGGUGUCACGAUGCCCAUCAGUACCCUGGAGCCCGCCAAGAAGCUCCAGUUUUAUGAGGACCGGCAGCAGCUGCCUGCCCCUAAGUGGAUGGAGCUGGCCCUGCUGAUCCAACAGUGCAUGGCCUACGAGCCAGGCCACAGGCCCCCCUUUCGCGCUGUCAUCCGUGACCUGAACAACCUCAUUACAUCAGAUUAUGAGCUCCUCUCGGACCCCACCCCUGGUGCCCUGGCGCCCCAUGACGGGCUGUGGAAUGGCGCCCAGCUCUACGCCUGCCAGGACCCUACCAUCUUUGAGGAGAGACACCUCAAGUACAUUUCACAGCUGGGCAAGGGCAACUUUGGCAGUGUGGAACUGUGCCGCUACGACCCACUGGGAGACAACACGGGGGCCCUGGUGGCUGUGAAGCAGCUGCAGCACAGCGGGCCAGACCAGCAGAGGGACUUCCAGCGGGAGAUCCAGAUCCUCAAAGCCCUGCACAGCGACUUCAUUGUCAAGUACCGCGGCGUCAGCUACGGCCCAGGCCGCCAGAGCCUGCGGCUGGUCAUGGAGUACCUGCCCAGCGGCUGCCUGCGCGACUUCCUGCAGCGGCACCAGUCCAGGUCUGGUUGGAGGUGGGUCAUCCUGGGGUCUGGACCCCAUGUCCGCCGGCAGGGCAUGGAGUACCUGGGCUCCCGCCGCUGUGUGCACCGCGACCUGGCAGCGCGGAACAUCCUGGUGGAGAGUGAGACGCACGUCAAGAUCGCUGACUUCGGCCUUGCCAAGCUGCUGCCGCUGGACAAAGACUAUUACGUUGUCCGGGAACCGGGCCAAAGUCCCAUCUUCUGGUACGCCCCGGAGUCCCUCUCGGACAACAUCUUCUCGCGCCAGUCGGAUGUCUGGAGCUUUGGGGUUGUCCUGUACGAGCUGUUCACCUACAGCGACAAGAGCUGCAGCCCCUCCGCUGAGUUCCUGCGGAUGAUGGGAUGUGAGCGAGAUGUCCCCGCUCUCUGCCGCCUCUUGGACCUGCUGGCCGAGGGCCAGAGGCUGCCUGCACCUCCAGCCUGCCCUGGUGAGGUUCAUGAGCUCAUGAAGCUGUGCUGGGCUCCUAGCCCACAAGACCGACCAUCCUUCAGCACCCUGGGCCCCCAGCUGGAGGCGCUGUGGAGUGGAAGUCGGGGGUAGCGCGCACCUUCCCUGCUUGUCCGGAGGGAGACCCUCACUCACUGUCGUUUUUAUAUCUCCCGCACCUCUGGGUCCUUGUCUCAAUGGACUGGCCUCGCGAGUUUGGGCAAGACGCUGCUCCUCUCUAGGCCACCGGCUUAGAGUCUAAUGACAUUGCAUGUGGGGGCGUCCCUGGCUUGUGGAGCAACGGCAGCUUCGUGGCCUUUGGAACUUUGUAAAAAUUCAAGCCAGAUGGCUCUAUGGGGCCACUGAGCCCUGCUCCCAGAGGGGAGGGGCCACAUUUAAGCUCCUCCCAUUGCCCCAGCUUCUCAGAGGAUGCCUUUGCAUCUAGCCUCCAGCAGGGACUUUGUGUAGCUUUCAAUAUAUGAUCUCAGGCUUCUGUUCGCCCAUCCUGCUCUCACCGGAGGAAGCCAAGGACAAGAGCAGCUGCUCUGGUUGGAAACUCACCUUUUGGGAGAGCAAGGGUGACUGGGACUAUGUCAAGGGCCAGGGGACGCUGGGGUCCCAGUCCACCCUAACUGUACCCCGGGGCUUGUUUCCCCACCGGUAUACUGGGGCCUUUCUCUCUUGACCAGAGGGUUACACACUGAUGACUCUGAAAAGGCUGACAGGAGCUUUUCAGCAACUGAGGGAGGGAAAGGCAUUCUUGGCAGAGGGAACAUCAUGGUGACGGUGAGGAGGCUCAGAGUACAGAGUUUGUUGGAGCCACUUUUUUGCUGUGUGACAGAGGGCAAGUUGCUUGCCCUCUCUGGGCCCCAGUCCCAUAUGCUGGCCCCUCAGCGGUGCAGAGUCCACUUGUGGAGGCUUGUGCAGGUUAAGCCCCACCAAACCUUCUCACCUGCCUGCAAGGCUUCCCUGCCACUUAGCCCCCCUGGAAAACUUGCAUUCAUCUCUCAAACCCCAGCUAUCAAUCACCUCCCUGUAGCCUUCCUUGGUGUGCUCCCGCCACACCCCGCAAGGCCUGUCCUUCCUUCUGACCAUAGGGCUGGGGUGCCGCCUGUGUCCAGCUGUCUCUUCUGACCUGGAGGCUCCAUGGGGGCUGGGUAGGGAGGGCACAGAGGGGACUCUGGGACGUGUUUGUUGAAUGAGUAAAGGAGUUCAGUGGAA